AUGGAUUUAUAUCUUUCUCUGAAGUUUCCAAGUACUUUCGCGCACGCGUAUGACAUAGUUAUUUACGCCUUUAACCAAUUUUGUCUAAUCUCAAAAUUGUUUUCAAUAAGAAAAACACGUUAUCUGGAAAUUCUCCUCGUUUCUGGAACUUGCAUCUAGGAGGCCAUUGGCAGUGAUACAGAUUGAACUCUAUAAUGCUCUCUUGUCUUUAUUUUAUUAGAGAAACGUUUACGCGAGACUGAUUUAAUUGAUUAAUGGGUGCAGCGCAGACGACUAAAGUUACAGAAAAAAUGGAGAAUUCUCAACAUCCAAACAGUCGAGAAAAAACAGAAGAACAACCUCGCAUAAACAGCAACGCGAGGCCACUAUCAAUUGAAGGACCAUCUAACAUGAAUAACACUGAUCCGCAAGUAUUUGAACCAUUACCAAACCAACCUAGGCAACCAACAACUGUGCAAGGAUUGCUUAGAUUUGCUGUAGAAGCAGGCAAUUCUCAGAAUAGAAACAGUAAUAUCCAAUUACAACCUAUGGAUGAAGAAAGGCGUGAAUUUCUGAAACAAACACUCAGCUCAUUAUCGUGUAAUGUAACUGAAGAACUACAGAAAGCUAUUAAAUUGUUGUCGAAUGUAGUUGACCUACGGCCAGACAAUGACACAACAGAACAUGAAUCUGCAUUAGAAAGGAUUGCAGAUUUUGUAGAUAAUAUAGAUAUUGCUAAUGAUUUUUAUAAAAUAGGAGGUUUUACAAUAUUUGGUCCAUGUUUAAACUGUCCUCAUAGCAGUAUUAGAUGGAGAGCAGCAGAUAUAAUUGCCGAGCUAGCUCAAAAUAAUCCCUUUUGCCAAGAAAGAUUUCUAGAAACUGGCCUAUUUCCCACAUUAUUGAAUAUGAUAGAUACAGAUCCUGCAGAAACUGUUAAGAUCAAAGCUCUAUAUGCAAUUUCCUGCAUUGUUCGAGGGCAUCCAAUAUCCCUGAAAUACAUGGACAUAAACGAUGGAUAUUCUGUCCUCUUGAGAGCUAUGCAAAGUUCGAUAAAGAAGUUGCAAAUUAAAUCUGCGUUUCUCUUAUCGUCUCUUUGUAACAAGGAAAAUGUAAAUAACUUAAAAUUAACCUUGGUAAAUAUGGGUUUGAUCGAGCAAGCGAUAGGUUUACUGGCCAUCGGUGAUCUGCUUCCAGAGAUAAGAGAUCAAUUGUUAAAUAUCCUCGAUGGUUUGACCAACGAUGAUUUUCUGCCUGCUUUAAAAGAAUGUCGGCGCCCGGAACUGGACUUACAAUCUACAUUGGAGCAAUACAUAAGGGAUUUAAAGCAAGAAGAAAAUCCCGAGCAGGUAGAUGUAUGUUAUCGGGUGUUGAAGAAAGUUUUCUCUGAUCAAGAUACAAAUCAAGAAAGAUAAUUAUAGUUUAUAACAAUAUCGGAUUUCCUUUACAUGAAUUAAAUUUGUAUAUCAUAAAAUAUUAUGAUUAAUAAAUAAAACAAAUGUA